CACAAACACACACACACACACAAAUAUACAUACACGCAGUCACAACCAUGGUUGACAUCAGCCUGCGGAGUUCGGUGGCGUUCUGUGUGUUGUGUGGCGCGUUCUUGCUGCUGGCAACGUUCAAGGACACGCUGGUGAACAUCCCGGCCACUCCACCGCACACGCCACAACAACGACAGUUCGGCCAGCCACUGGCCACACCAACAGUUCUGACAGUUGCAGUUGAAAGCGAUCACGAGUCGCGUGUGGCGGCAAUCUUGCGGAGGCAAGGUGCACUCAGUGCUGACAAUGCAGCCAGCAGUGACAGUGCCCACAGCACCGGCGAUACUGCCAGCCCCGACCCACCACCACACGCUCCCACACCUCAACAACCACAGCCGCAGCUAAGCAACGAGAGUGAACCUGUGCCAUGGGUGGCGGCGGCCAAGACAACACACAACGGUGGCGUGACGAACAAAGGCAUGAACCAAGCAGCGCUGCAAGGUCCCAUCCCGGAGCACAUUAGCGAGGACCCGCUGUGGGAGCAGACAGCGCGGGAAACGUGCAGCCUCAACUUCACGGCCAUCAUCCGACACCAGCUGGGGCCCUGGCUGGAGUCGGGCAUCAAGCAAGCGCACGUGGACGACCUCUACUGCCAACGCAAGCACGUGGCGCGCAUCUCAUAUGUGGGCGGGGAGCUGCGCUACGGCAGCUGGCAGCUUGGCAUGGACGUGAACCGCCUGCGGUCUGCGCUGUGGUUCAUCCACCUGGCGACGGAGCGGGCGAAGCUGCGCGGCAACCCCAUCCCGCCGUUUGAGGUCGUAAUCAACCCGACAGACAAGACGAGCGAGUACGGUAUUGGCGGGACGACGCUUGGCGGCAAACGGCGGCCGCUGCUGUGCAACGCAAAGUGCGACGGCGACGCGUCCAUCUCCUUCCCCAUCAUGUUCAACGCGGCGUUUGGCACCGGCACGGGCGAGAUGUCGCUCGCGCUGUACCGCCACAAGUACAGCGAGCUGGUGGCGAUGGGGCGGCCGGGCGAGUGGCACGCCAAGAUCCCAAAGAUGUUCUUCUCCUCCACCAACACGCGCGGCCACCGCGCAGCCAUCUUCGACUCGGAGCACCCGGGCGUCGUGGCGCUGCCGGAGGUGGUCCCUAUAUCGCUGUACGGCGACUUCCAGUACCUCAUCUACGCCUUUGGGCACAGCGGGUGGUCACAGCGGUUACGAGAGCUCGCCUUCAUGGACGCUGUGCUGUUGCUUGAAGAGUCACAGUGCCGGGAGUACUAUCACGACGUGUUCACGCCGCACGUGGACUACAUUCCCGUGGCGGAGGAUUUGUCCAACCUGGACGACGCGUUGGAGCGUGCAAUGAGCGGACACGACCGCCGCAUGGCGCAGCGCUGGCGGGCAAAGGGAUAUGAGGUGCUCUCGCUGCCGUGUGUCCUCGACUACGUUGAAGGGUUGCUGAGGGAAUACGCACGCCUGCAACGCUUCGCGCCACAGCAGCGACCAGACCACCGCCCAUAUGCGAUGACAGACCCAUUGUCCGUGUUUUCGCACCGGACAGAGCCGCCGGACGCGCACACGUGCACACGCGCAGCGCAGGCGUAACCAUUUUGUUGGGGGGGCCGUGAGGUGUGUGUGUGCGUGUGCGUGUGUGUGUGUGUGUGUGUGAGUGUGUGUGUGAGUAUGUGUGUGUGUGUGAGUAUGUGUGUGUGUGUGUGUGUG